UAUUGUGCGUCGCACGUUGAUGACGUGAACAACGUAAAUAACGACCGUAACUACCGGGAGAAGCUAAGCUAACUGGGCGACAGAGGAAAAUUGUUUUGAAGAUCUUACGUUUCGAGAAGCCCAAAAAGCAAAAAAAAAAAUUUUUUUAAAUAAAUAAAACAAACAAAAAAUGACUUACAGGCGAGAAAGGAGUAUACGGGAGGUGUAUGAUGAGCGCUUUUUAACAGACAGGCCGGGUCCAUACCCACGGGCGGCUGGAGGGGUUGAGCGACGAGGCCCCUUUGGGAGGCCAGAAGAUGACUACAGCCGUGGUGGCUAUGAUUAUGAAGGAGGUCCCCGCUUUUACCCAAAUGGAGGCGGACCCCGGGGUUACCAUGAAGAUCAGAGAGGUUACCAUGGAGAUGGCCCUCAUUUCCCUGCUGAACGCAGAGCCAUUCCACCUUCAAGGAGGGAGGACUAUCCUUACAGAGUACCCAGGGAUGACUCCCACACAGCGCGGCCUUUGGAGUUUGGGGUCGCAGUGGGACUGGAGAAUAUCUCAGUUAACAUAGGGCGAGAGACAGGAUACACCCUGGACAGUGCCCGUGCACCCCCUCCUCAUAGCGUUAGAGGCCAAGGCAUCUAUCCAGCACCCAGAGCGCUCCCAGAGAGUGGGGAAGACACACUAGUACAGGCCAUACUAAACCUGGACAGAGGGGAGGACAGAGACCACUACAGGAGAAAGGCAGCCCCAUUUCCUCCCCUCAGAGAUCGUUCUCCCGUGCGGCGAGAGGUGGCCCGCUCCCCGCACAGCCGCUCUGGCUCCAGCGUCAGCAGCAGAGGAUACUCACCGGACAGAGCCAAGAGCCUUCCUUUCCCCUCACAGCAAGGCAAGAGUGUGGAUGGUCCAGAGGGUCACACGGGUGUUUCUGAGCACCUCUGGGGGGCACUCUUUCCUCAACAGAGUGGACAUGACACUUUGGGGUAUGAAGAGACUUAUUCUCAGAGCAGGAUGUUCGACAAAAUUCCUGGCCUGUCAAGAGAGGGAUCCCCACAGAGUGCAACAUCUGUCAAGGAGGAAAACCCCCCUCCAGAAGGAGAAAAAGAAGAGCCACUGGUAGCUCCCGUCGUGGAAGAGAGCCAAAAAUCUACAGACAAUUUUCACGAGCGACGAGCCCUUGCCAUCGCAGCCAAAGCCCAGGAAAUAGAAAAGGUGUAUCGUCAGGACUGCGAGACGUUCGGAAUGGUGGUGAAGAUGCUGGUGGCUAAAGAUCCCAACUUGGAGAAGCAGCUGCAGGUUCCUCUCCGUGAAAACCUCGGGGAGAUCCGUGAACGUUGCCUAGAGGACCUCAAACAAUUCAUCAGUGAGCUAGACGACGUCAUCCGGCAGCCUGAAACUUCCACCUUUGACUCAACCACUCCCUCUACAUCCCAGUCGGGUCAUAAACUUUCAAAGACAGCAGUCAAUCACAGCUCAUCUUACUGACGCAUCAGCCGGACGUGCUGCGUUAAUGUGAGACAGAGGAGGAAGGCUUGACGGUUUGAAGUCCGGAUUGUUCAGCAGCUCAAACCGAAACCAUGGAGGUAAGCAUGGAGAAAACAGGCCGCCGUGGAGAGAGGACAUCCUUUGCAGGAAUGACCAGUGUUAUUUUUGAACAGACCAUUUUUACCUUCAAGUUUUCUGUGGGAAUUUAUCAAUCAUAAAGAAAACGUUCUGUUAAGUUUUGUCAAAAGAAACACGUUCUUUAUUUAAAAUUAUUCUCGUCUCACAUUGUGAAAAUGGUUAACAAGGGGUUUAUUAUUUAAUCUUCUUUUUGAUGAGAAUAUUUUGUGGAGAGCAGAGAUUCAGUUCUCCAGCAUGAUGGGUUUUUGUAGUAUUUUCAGCUAUGUAAAUUUUUCUUUUGUAGCAGAUAUUUGACUUGGUGCUGCUAAAUUUACAACAGGUUGACAUACUUGUAUAAAUUUGUACUGUAAAAAAACAAACAGUUAAAUUCA